AUGGAUGCCGAGAGCGACCUGUCGGCGCAGACGGGUGUGGUGGUGUGUCCGACGUGGGUCCGGUCGGGCGCGUCCGGCGAGUCGAGGAUGAGCCCCGGCCCUGCGGCGGAUGUGGAAACCGGGAUCCCUGCGCGAUCCAUUGCCGGGGGUAGGGAGGCGGACGCCAGCGGAGUGGGCAACGCGGGAUCCGGGCAGCCUGCCGCAGGGUCGACGCUGGACAGCAGCCGCAGCUCGGGAACCGUGUUGAUCCAUUCAGGCAGGGAGACUUAUUCGUCCCAGUUUUCCAGCGUGGAUGAUGGGACGCCCGUGGGCGGCAGGGCGAAUGGCAGCGGCUUGGGCAACGCGGGACCCUUGCAGCCGGCCGCGGGGUCGGCGCUGGGCAGCAGCCGCAGUUCCGGGACCGUGUUGAUUCAUUCAGGCAGGGAGACUUACUCGUCUCAGUUUUCCAGCGUGGAUGAUGGGAUGCCCGGGGGCGGCAGGGUGAAUGGCAGCGGGAAGGGCAGCUCCGGAUCCGGGCUAGCGGCCGUGGGUUCGGCGCUGGGCAGCAGCCGCAGCUCGGGGACCGUGCUGAUCCACACGGGGAGGGAAACUUAUUCGUCUCAAUUUUCCAGCGUGGUUGACGGCGUGGGCACGCCCGCGGGCGACGAGCGAGGGGGGAGCCCUCCGCCGUCGGCACGCCGCACUUUGACGCGAUCGGCGGACGCGGCCCUCUCUAGCGGCGCGCACGGCGCCGUGGUGGACUUCCGUGAGCUAUUCCCGUGGUGGCGCCGCCGCCACGGGGGGCAAUUGGCGUCUGGCGAUUCCCCGUCAACCGCCGCGACAAAGUCGUCGUCGGGGCUACGCCUGCGCCUGCCCGCCCUCCGUCUCUUUCGGAGGCCCAGGGACGAGCGGCCGAGGGUGGUGGACGCCAGGGACCUGUUCCCGUGGCUGGGCCCUGCGGGCCCGAGCGGGUCCGGCCCCGUCGAGAUCGAGGGCGAUCGGGGGGAAGGAGACGAGGGGGGGAAAAUGGACCGUGAUCGUGGGACGUCAUGGGGCUGGGUGGAGCUUUGGCGCCGAUCGGCGGCAUCGUGGCGGGCGUGCGAGGUGGCGGGGGAUGGGGUGUCGCCGGUUGCGCCGUGCUGCGUGGGGCGGGGCAAGGUGGUGGACAGGGCCGGGGGGGUGCCGAUGGAGCUGAGGGAGGACCGCCAGGUCGGGCGCCCGAGGCUGGAGUUCGCCCCAGGGGGCGGGUCAGAGGCGGACGGGGGGCCGGGGCGCGGCGAAGAGUGGCGAGGACGGCUCAACCAGCUCAGACACCCUGUUGUGGUCACGCCUCUGUUCGUGGCAGCGGCGAUGGUUGUCUUUGCCCUCAUGGCGGGAGUGUACCCACUGUACGAACUGCAGAGAGUGCAC